AUGUUUUCCAGGUCCGGCGAACAGUUUGUUCAAAGUUCAGUCAAACAAAGUAUCAGGCAUGCUUCGAAGAGAACUCCUCCCAGAGCCGAUAAAAGAAUACCUGUUCAGUUAUUGAAAGACUUUCCCAAUGUAGGUGUUAGAGGUGAAGUGGUGAAAGUUCUUCCCUCAGUGAUGAGAAAUUAUCUCCACAUGAAUAACGGUGCUACGUACCUCACAAAGACUAAAGGUCCGCGUAUUCCAAUUGUGGAUAGGAGUGUGUUCCUUGAGCAACAAGAGAAGAUAAAGCAAGAGAAGGCUGAACUCUUGAGGGAACAAAGAAGAAAGGAGCUCGAAGCUCAAGCCCAAAGGGAAAGCGAAGAAAAUAACGAAGCUGCAUUGUCAUUGGAAGAAUUAUCGGGUUUAUUUGACAACAUUAAAAGAGGUAGAAAGUCCAAGUCUAAGAAGACGGCUAUUAAGUUGGAUGGAGCAGAGGUAGUCGAAGCUGAAACCGAAGAAACAUUUGCAAACUCUGUAGAGUCGACCGUAGAUAUCUCUUACACAUCUUUCGAUGUCACUGAGGCCAUUCCUGCAAGAUACAAUGUGUACUUGAGUGAAAAUAUAAUACUUCCAAUUACCAAAUCAUUCUUGAUUGGCCAAUUCUACGAUGUUUCCGGUCUUGAAUUGCAAGAACUGGCCUUGACUUUGACCUCUCAAGAAGAAGGUGCCGUGGAGACUGAAGAAGUCAUUGCUCCAGGUACUUAUACCUUGUCUAUUUCCGUUCCAAAUGAGCGCGACCCAGUUGAGAGAACCUUAGUCGUGCAAUGA